CUGAUUUUGUAAGUUUUUAAGUGAGGUGAAACUUGUGGGUUCACAAGACAAAUCAGGCUCUGGAAAGGUUGAGAACCCCUGCACUAAAGAGACCCCUGCAGUUGCAAACAUGGAAGCCCACCGGAUAUAGACAAUCUGUGGAAGGUUAAUGGAAAAUGAAGCAAUUACAGCAGCUGGCCAUUUGUUUUAGUCUCUGGUUACUAAAUGCAAACAUAGUAUAAAAGAGAAUUUGUUCCUAACCAGCUUGAAUCACUGCAGCUGUAAAGAUACAGGCUCUUGUGACUAUUUGCACCAUGAAACUUUUCAUACCAGAUCAGAAAAUACUUAACCAACUGCAGAGAAAUGAGAGUUUAAAGCAGGUGGGUAGAGCUGACUGGCCUUACGUCAGCUCCUAAGCCAGAGCAGUUUAGUUAGUCUUGCCCUGUUCUGCAAAUAAAUCAGUGACUUUCCUGUUAGGCUGAAAUCUGAAUUUUUUAAUCCACCUUGGUUUGUUAAGGAAAUUUGAGAGCUAUUUACACAGCUGCAAUUUAUUUAUGUUCUUUCCCAAUUUUUAAUCAGAGUGGGUGAGAAGAAAGUGACUUCCGCAGAAAUCUCUUGCAGACAGAGGGCAAAAAUCCCUGAAAUGAAUCAAAGAAAAUAAGUUUUUUUUGGAUGAGGCAGAAAACUGAGGUCAUGGUGACCUGUGGUUAUUAGAGCCCAUGAAACAUCUUGCAAGCAGAGAGGAAGGGAGCUGAGCAGCGCCGGCAGAGAGAAUGCUUCGUUUGAUCAGGACUAGACUGAGUGCCAGCUGGUGGAGGCAACUUUGGGCACAAGCUCUGGCUACGCCCCACUUCAGGCUGACAUCACCUCCAUACUAUAUAACACAUCAAAAAGGGAGAUACUCAAGUCAAGCGAACAAGGAAUCCACAUCCUUUGUCAUGAACCUGUUCAACGGGCAGUUUGUACCUGACAAUGUUUUUCCUUUCCCCUCAGUGCUCUCAAUGGAGCAGACGCAGUCUCUGCAAGCCCUGGUAGAUCCCUGCACCCGCUUCUUUGAGGAGGGUAAUGAUCCUGUGGAGAACGAGAAGCUGGAGAGCAUUGAGACGGCCACCCUGGCAGGGCUGAAGGAGAUGGGAGCCUUUGGGCUGCAGGUGCCCGAGGAGCUGGGGGGAAUUGGGCUGACGAACACCCAGUAUGCUCGGGUUGUGGAGGUGGUUGGAGUGCAUGACCUUGGUGUGGGCAUAAGCCUCGGUGCUCACCAGUCAAUCGGCUUUAAGGGAAUCCUGCUCUUUGGGACCCAGAGUCAGAAGGAGAAAUACCUGCCCAAGCUAGCAUCUGGAGAGACCAUGGCCGCCUUCUGCCUGACGGAGCCAUCUAGUGGCUCAGACGCGGCAUCUAUUAAAACCGUCGCCGAGCUCAGCGAGUGUGGGAAAUUCUACACGCUGAACGGCGGGAAAAUAUGGAUCAGUAAUGGAGGGACAGCUGAGAUCUUCACAGUGUUUGCCAAGACCCCGGUAAAGGAGCCAACAGGGGAAGUGAAGGACAAAAUCUCAGCCUUCAUUGUGGAGAGAGCAUUUGGGGGAGUGACCAGUGGCCCCCCGGAGAAGAAGAUGGGGAUCAAGUGUUCCAAUACAGCUGAAGUGCACUUUGACAACGUGAAGGUGCCAGCAGAAAAUCUGCUUGGGGAGCUCGGAAAAGGCUUCUUGGUCGCCGUGAACAUACUGAACAACGGGCGCUUUGGGAUGGCCUCCGCCCUGUCAGGCACCAUGCGUGGAGUGAUCGUCAAAGCUGUUGAUCAUGCUGCUAAUCGUAAGCAGUUUGGAGACAAGAUCAGCAACUAUGGGGCUAUUCAGGAGAAGAUUGCACGGAUGGCCAUGCUGCACUAUGUUACAGAGUCGAUGGCCUACGUGGUGAGCGCCAACAUGGACAUGAAGGUGCCCGAUUACAAGCUCGAAGCUUCAAUCAGCAAGAUUUUUGCCUCGGAAGCAGCCUGGUACGUCACAGACGAGUGCAUCCAGGUCCUUGGAGGAAUGGGAUACAUGCAGGAAACUGGUGUCGAAAGAGUCUUGAGGGACCUGAGGAUUUUCCGCAUUUUCGAGGGCACCAAUGAUAUCCUUCGCUUGUUUGUGGCGCUGACGGGCAUUGAGUAUGCUGGGGUCCAGUUAAAGAAUCUGCGAACAACUAUCAUGAAUCCAUCAGGGAAAACUGAGACCAUCCUAAAAGAUAUCGGGAUGAGAGCAAAGCGUAAAGUUGGGAUUCCCACUGGCUUGUCUCUGGAGGGAAUCGUUCACCCAGGCCUGGACAACAGUGCACACCUGGUGACGAAGGCCAUUGACCUGUUUGGUGAAGCUGUUGAGAGCCUCCUGCUGAAGUACGGCGAGAAGGUGAUAGACGAACAGUUUCAUCUGAAACGCGUGGCCGACGCUGCCAUUGACAUCUAUGCCAUGGCUGUGGUGAUCUCCAGGGCCAGCCGCUCUCUGUCUCUGGGACAACCCACCGCUGAGCACGAGAAGCUCUUGUGUCAAACGUGGAGCCACGAGGCAUUUGAGCGAGUGAGAGAGAAUCUCCGAGCAGUGAAAUCUUCUACAUGGAAUCAAUCCUUUGCUAACAUGAAGCUAAUAUCUGAUGCUGUUGUACAGAACCAAGGGAUCCUAGCCACGCACCCUCUGGGCUUCUGAACAGAAAUGAUGCUUUGGUUGACAAUGAGCAACAGCUACAAAUCCUAUUAUACAGACAAAUAUUCCAUUACACACCGUUUGCGUCUGUCUCGCCCUGGCUGUGAGAAAAGCCAAUACUGUGUCACAGCGGCCCUGCUAAUGCAUGCGGGCUGCAGCAAGGGGCCAUGCGUCUGUCCCGCUCUCUGAGAACCCUGAGCACAUGGGCAUAAAGGCCUCCCCACUGCGGGUUGUUGGGGCAGUCUGCAUACAUACCAGCUCCCCCUGCUCCUCCGUCCUGCUCAAGGAGAUUAAUUUGGGCCACAUGGGUUCCAGCUGAGAGCAGGUUUUAACUGCCUCUUGCCUGCCCCCUUCUAGCCUGCUCUGGGGGUCCCAUUGGGGCCUUUGCUGGGGGAGAGAGACGGUCACCCCAAGGUGCACUGAGCCAUGGCUGCUAGCUCCCCCCAUUGUGUCCAUGGUUCUCUAGGGGAAGAGGAGAGGAUCCUGGCUACAUCUGUGCACACAGACUCCUGGCCAUCUCCCACUCUCCUGCCUCGUCCCUCACCAAGUCCUGCUGUAGGGUGAGCCUGGGGCUGUCGUGACCUUUGGCCGAGGGUUUUACUGACCCUGGCGCAGGGGCCUGUGAGCUUCUCACUGUCUUUACACGCCACAUGAGGUGAGCUCUGGUUUGGUGGGCUGGGAUCUGGCUAAGGGGCUGACUCAGCCCCCCAUCUCUAAGUCCAGGCAGGUGCCUUCUCCAGCCAGGGCUGCAUGCAGCAUAGGAUUGCAUGGGCAUGCGCGCUUUGGGGGCCAGUCUCUGUGGCUUCUCUUGGGGAGACGCUGCCUGCAGCUCAUGCAGAGAUUAGAUUCUGUCUGCUUAUGGGCUGACGUCAAGGGGAGAGUCCAGGCAAGCAGCCCUCGUCCCUGUGAACUCAGGGACUGUCUUGGCAGGGCUAGCUUAGGUCACUUGCGGUGGAUGUGGGCCCCGGGGCUGCCAGGAGAGCUGGAAACAAAGGGGCUGGUAUUCCGGGAGCCCACGUUCUCCAGUGUCUGGUGGCACAUCCCUGCAGCCGUCAGCCUGCAGGCCCUGGGGGCGCAGCCCAGUGACUCUGUGAGGCACACAUCACUUGGGCCACGUGCACUGGGGUUUGCUCACAGAGGGCUGCGUGGUAUCAGCUGUGGUAACGUUGUUGAGCCCUGCUAGGAGGCUGCUGCAUUUCCAUGAUGGCUGGGACAAGUUCUGCUUCUGGUGCGUGUUGAGGGCUUGGUCCUCUUUGGCUGACGUGAGCUGUGCGCCCAGCCCCAGGUGCCAGGAGCAGCUGGGGCCCCGGUGACCGAAUUCAGCAGAGCUGAUUUAGGUCAGAUACUAAUUAAAAUACGUCAUGAAUACGACCAUUAGAGGGACAGGGUGGGUGAGGUGUGUCUUUUAUCUUCAUUAGCUCUGUAUGGCUCGAAAGCUUGCCUCUCUCUCCAACAGCCGCUGGUCCAAUAAAAGAUAUUACCUCCCCCAUAUCCUGGGAGUGACCUGGCUACACCACCAGUGCGUAUCACCCUGACGGUGCGAAGCUGGAAAGGGAGGUGCUGAAAGCAGGCAGCCCUUGGGGCAGCUCAGCAAACUGACACUCCAGAUCUAGUGAACCAAGAACACAAACCUGUUUCCUAAUCAGGUCCCAGUGUCCCACGCUUCGAGCUCUGAGCUCCGUGGGAUGUUUCCCAUUUGGACACUCAUCCGCCUUUGUCUCCUCCACAUUAAGCAAACGAACGCGUAGGAUUCAGCAGAUUUACAUGUG